AUGCUCUCCACGACGCAUCCGACAGUGGCAAGGGCUAUCAGCUCGACGUCCAAUGCUGCUCGUCGCCAAACACUGCUAUCGACACCAACUCUAUCCCGCCAUUCUUCUACACUGAUACACGAGCGAUAUCACGAACCGCCCGUUCAAUACUCCCUCAGUCGACCUUCGCUAUCGGCCUUUACUCCAACCUCAAAUCCAUUCAAUUCGACGCGGUUAGGUGUCGGAUCUUGUAGACCGCUCGACUCGAACACUACACUGUUUUCCGUUGACCCUGAAGUAAACCAAAGUCCAGAUCCAGAAAAUCCCCAUCCUGAAAGUCUAGAGAUCUCCGACCAAGAGUGGGAACUUCGGACAGGAAGAGCGAUCUACGUCCUCCAAGAAACCCUUCCUGGUUUCUUCGAUACAGGCCUUAUCACUGCCGUGGACAAGGAGACCGGCGCACCAAAAGCCUCCCAGGCCUCAUCCCAUCACUUCCACAUCCCUUUACUCGACUCACUCCAUCUGCCUUCAACGUCCUCCCAUUCGUCUAGUCAUACCUCUGGGGCGAGUGCCGAAGAGGACGCUGAGGCCUCGGAAAGUCAUGAAGAGGAACCAAUAUACAGCUCGAAUGUGCGACUGGAGUAUACACCACCUGACUCGCUUCCCGCGCCAUUCCCCAAAACGUUCAAGGUGGAAGGUCUCCAGCUUUACCUCGCUUCAGCAUCCCUGGUUCGACGUACGAUGAAGACGCUGUACUCUGACCUGAAUGUUACACUCACGAAAGUCUCUGUUCACACCACGCCGCCUUCGCCUCCCCCACCUGGUUCUUCAGCGCAGUUCUCUUCUCUGAAUGCGUCUUCGUUGAAUGGUCAUUCGAUAUUGGCAGGAAGUGCUAGGUCGGACGGUGCACCAGAGGAAGGCUACAUGACACCUUCGCGGCAGAAGGAGAAGAGGUUGAACCGAGACAAGCACCUUAUCGUCCGGCAACUCGUCACUGGACUCACGCGGGUUAGCGGGACGCCUAGUGAAUGGGAAGUCGAAUCGAUGUACACGUUCUCACCAGUUUCGGGGCUCAUUUGGAAACAUACGGUCAACUCGAUUCAACCGGCGCCUCAUCUCGCUGUGUACCAUUCAAUGAGGACGAGUUUGGGGAAGCUGUUCGGGUUUGGAUCGUCGACGCCGACACCGACUGCUAAUGCCAGUACCUUUGGGCAGGGGGUCGGCACGGAGGGGCGCUGAUUUUUGAGAGGAAGGGAUAGUGAUCUCCUAGAUGGGAGACGGUUUGGAAACGCAUUGGGGGGCUCCGUUUGGGAUCUCGGCUUGUAGAAUGGGUUUAGAGUGCCUUGGGGCCCGUUGGAUUGUUUGCAAUACAAGAUGGAAUUAUAAACUUAAAGCGCA